AUGUUUUACCACAUAUCGCUGGAACAUGAGAUUCUGCUUCAUCCACGAUACUUCGGUCCGCAGCUAAUCGAAACGGUUAAACAGAAGCUUUAUACCGAGGUCGAGGGUACCUGCACGGGGAAGUACGGGUUCGUGAUUGCCGUAACCACCAUCGAUGACAUCGGUUCCGGUACGAUACAACCGGGCCAAGGGUUUGUGGUGUACCCGGUCAAGUACAAAGCGAUCGUUUUCCGACCGUUCAAGGGUGAGGUGUUGGACGCGACCGUAAAGCAGGUGAAUAAGGUCGGGAUGUUUGCUGAAAUUGGUCCACUGUCCUGCUUCAUCUCGCACCACUCCAUCCCGGCCGAUAUGCAGUUCUGCCCAAACGGUGCGCCACCGUGCUAUCGGGCGAUCAAUGGGGAAAGUGUUAUAGCGGCGGAAGAUAAAAUUCGGCUCAAAAUCGUCGGAACGCGUGUGGAUGCAACCGGUAUUUUUGCGAUCGGAACGUUGAUGGACGAUUAUCUUGGUCUAGUAGGCAGUUAA